UUUCUAUUAAUUGGCAACGACGGCCUCAGAGUUAAGAAGUAUAGCUUGCUUGCUUGCAAGCUUAUCUUUAGCAUUAGCAUUGUAGCUAAAUGAGCUAAACCUGGUUUUCCACUUAAAUUUUAAGUCUUAAGCAGAAAUUUUCUUGACUGCAAAUCUAAGUUAGUUCAUUCACUACACAACCGACAUUAACACCAGUCUAAUUGUUGUCUGUUAGACUUUUCACGUGAUAAAUUUGGUUCAUAGUUGAGUGAAGGAGCAUCCUUGGCUUAAUUGUAAUUCAAAUGUUUUCACAGGAUUUUCUACCAAAUCAAAGCAGCUAAUAUUAGAACACAUUUUCUUGAUAUAAAAUGUGUUACGUUUGAUAUUCUACAAAAACUGUUUUUAUAGUGCAAACGUGCUUAACUGAAGUUGUGUCUUUGUUAUAAGAUAAAAGAGCUGUUUUAAUUUGUUUAGUAUAGAUUUCAUAUUUGCUUCAGAGCCUCUAAAUAAACAUGUUCAGACUUCAGAUGAUCAUAUGCUUCCCCUGAGACUUCACGAAGCCCUGAACAUUUUGUUCUCAUCAGUUAUUAAACCAAAGGAUUUCUCAAUUUGAAUAAAAGCAUCAAGUUAAUGAUACUUUACAUGCAUAUCUAUAGAUAUAUAAAUAUGUUUAUACGUUAUGCACAUGAGUAUAAAAGGAUUAACAUUCAAUUUCUAUUAAAUCAAUAAAAAAUCCCUAGAAAUAGUUUAUUGUUAAUGCUCAAAUCUGCAUUUUUUUCAGUAAAAAAAAAAAAAAAAAAAAAAGAAGCAGAUUGUGUGUUCGCGGAAUCCUUAAAGUUUUGACUCCUUCUCAUAUCCCAUGUGUAAAGAAAGCAAGACAAAAAAUAAGUUGCUGUUUUGUGUUUUAAACGAGACAAAAAGAACAAUCGUGCCACUCCAACUUGCAGUUUUUCAAAUGUUCUAAUAAUUUUGCAUUGCCGACAUAAAUAAUGGCGCACUUUGCGUCUACGGGGAAACUAGCCUGCGCCAGAUCGCAGUGCGCGCGCAUCUGGUGCCAAGCUGGCCUCCGGUGAAGCAGCAGCAGCAGCACAUUGUUCUGUUCCUCUUCAUCCUGCCUACUAAUAUUCAGGCAGCCGAAACUUGAGUCAUGCCUCACGUGUUGUACGGUCUUCUGUUAUGUUUGGGAACUAAAAAGUGAGAUCUCAUUGAAACGUGUUUACUCUACUGGAGGUCAGAGUUGAGAUUAAUUUUUUUUCUUGUUUUGUAGACCAAAAAAACCCACAACAAAACAGUGGCUCUCUUGCCUCUAGCUGUGAUCGCCGUUUCUUCACGUGCUAUGUAGGUCACUCACUUCAGUGGACGUGCUGUUCACCACCCGGGUCCUUCCAGUCCCCCCACCAGAUCUGAACGAGUGGGCCGCCUGCUGCCGCUGAGAGGCAUGCCUCGCCUCCCUCUGCCACAGCUCCUCUCUCUGCUCUGAAGUCGGGGUGUUAAUGGGAACUAGAUGGAAGGUGUGAGGUGGGAGAUGCUGGCUGUUUUCAGCACGCUGGAUAGCGCCCGGGGAAGUUGGAGAGGACGCGCGGACGCGCCGGGAUUUUAAGUGAAUGUAAUUUGGGAUUCUUUCCGGAGACAUGAGUGGCGGCUGAUUUUAGGUACUUGUUUGCAGCCAACAGGCGCAGGUAACCUAAGAGGGGAUUAUUAUUAUUAUUAUUUUUAUUUCUCUGCUGUGAGAGACAUGGACUUUGCUGACAUUCUCUUCGCUCUGUUCAUCGUCGUGGUCGCGGUCGUGUCUCUGCUGUCAAACUUGUUGGUGCUGCUAUGUUUCGUCCACAGCACCGAGAUCCGCCGGCAGGUGCCCGGCGUCUUCACCAUGAACUUGUCCUUCUGCAACAUCCUCAUCACGGUGCUCAACAUGCCGGCCACCCUGCUGGGGGUCGUCAGGAACCAGAAGCCCUUCGGGGAUUGCGUCUGCCACACGGUGAGCUUCCUGGAGACGUUCCUGACUGCGAACACCAUGCUGAGCAUGGCCGCGCUCAGCAUCGACCGCUGGAUCGCGGUGGUCUUCCCGCUCAGCUACGCCACCAAGAUGCGCUACAAGGACGCGGUGAUCAUGGUGGGCUACUCCUGGCUGCACUCCUUCACCUUCUCCCUGACGGCGCUGCUCUUCUCCUGGGUGGACUACAGCGACGUGUACGCGUCCUGCACGCUGCAGCCCAGCGGGGGAGGCAGCGACAAAGUUAAGUUCACGGUUUUCACCGUGGUUUUCCACGCCACCAGCUUCGCGCUGUCGCUGCUCAUCCUGUGCUUCACCUACCUGAAAGUGCUGAAAGUCGCCAGGUUUCACUGCAAGAGGAUCGACAUCAUCACCAUGCAGACUCUGUUUCUGCUGGUCGACAUCCACCCAAGCGUCAAACAAAGGUGUUUAGCUGAGCAGAAGAGGCGAAAGCAGAGAGCCACAAAGAAGAUCAGCAUCUUCAUCGGCUCAUUUAUCAUCUGCUUUGCUCCUUAUGUAAUUACGAGGUUAGCCGAGCUUCUCCCCUUUGUAGACGUCAACCGACACUGGGGCAUCGUCAGUAAGUGCCUGACGUACAGCAAGGCUGCGUCCGACCCGUUUGCCUACUCGCUGCUGCGCCAGCAGUACAAAAAGGUCCUGGUUACGGUCGUCAACAAGCUGCUGCGCCGCGACCUUUACCCUUCGUCGGGCCACAACAGCUCUGUGGACACGGAGAAUGACUACUGUCUUCAGCGGAUCAGCUAAUGGCAAAAAUGUGAUGGAUUUGGAUGUGACAGAUGUUCUCCAGCAGAGCGAGCCAGCACCAAAAACAGGUUGGCUCAUGAGGAGGAGGUGGGCGGGCGGAGGAGAUGGAGACUACAGGGUAUUGUCGGGGAGGGGAGAUGGAGGGGACAGAUUGUGGGUGAAGAAGGAGCAAAAAGAAGAAAGGUUGUGGGUGGAGAGGAAUGGAAAGGCAGGCAUGAGUGGGAGGAUGGACAGGUAGAGAUAUGAUGUAGGGGAGACAGGUGAGUUUCGAUAGGAUGGUUCUGGUAAACAGCAGGGUCUGUGAUUCAUUAGCCUCAACAAACGACACAGAAACCAACCAAUUUCCCCCCCCUGGACGUCACAGGUUCAGGUUUUUCAUUUCAAACUGAAAAACAAGAGACUGGAGUCAGCGACGUGUAAGAAGUAGCUUUUCAGUGCUAAACCAACCAACCAUCUUAUUGUUUUCAUUACCCUGGACAAGUUCGCACUCCUGGAAACCUCCAGAGAACCCACCGGGACACGUAAGAACUCGUUUGUACUAGAAAGCUUCGCGUCGUCUUGUCGGUCUCUGAAUAUUGAUGCACUUUGUCCGAGGACAUUUCCUAAAACUUCUGCGCUUGCAGGAGACAGAAGCUGUUUUGCAGGAUGAGCCUGGUGAUGGUUUAUAUUUUUGUUACUGUCAACAAGUGCCACAAGAAGGCAGAAAUAUGAAAGGUGUUAUUGUGUCUCUCAGUACCUUACAGUUUCCACACAGUCUGUCUAUUUUGGGCCACAUCACAGUGGCUGAAGACCAACAGAAGAACAAAAGGGGAGAAAUGUUUAAUGAUAGGUUCGCACACUAAUCUACCUCUGGUUCCCUAAAAGCCCAAUGGUUUGUGUGUAAAAAAUGUGACUCAUUAUGUUUUCUGAUUUUUUUUUUUUUACCUUCUCCACAGUUGAUAUCCAGGUCUUUUAAGCAAUGGGAAAUGUUGCAUUUACUUAGAUGAAUCAAAUUAACAACAGGUUUAUAAGCACAAAGUAAUAAUUUUUAUUUCUUUGGAUCUCCGUAAUUAUUCCCAUCCAUCAUGAAACUGUACAGUAACUUGCAAAAAUACUCACUUUCUUUGAGUUUUUCUCCAUUGUCAUGUUACAAUGGCAAUGCAACAUGACAUUUCAGGCACUGAAACGGUUUUGUUGCUGAAAUAAAACAAAUAAACCAACAGCAAUUUGAGAUGGAACAACCCAAAGCUGCGCAAAUGUGUAAAAUGGAAGGAAAAUAAUACGCAGUUUUCAAAAGGUUGUACAUGUAAGAAUCUGAAGUGUGUGGCUUGUUUUUGUUUUCAGUCCUCUGAGUCGAUACAAACCCUCAGGCAGCUGCAAGUCCUUUUGCACAUCUGGAAAUUUUUGACAAUUCUUAAUAGCCCAAGCUCUGUCAGCUUGAGAACGAACAUGUGAACACAAUUGUCCGUCUCGCCGUAAACGUAAACGCCAUUUAAUUGGAUUUACAUCUGGGCUUUGACUAGGCCAUUCUAAAACAUGCGCAUACUUUUUAUCAAAACCAUUCCGCUGUAGCUCUGUUUGUGUGUUGUAAUGCCGGAAGUUAAAUUUUGACCCCAGUUUUAAUUCCUCUGCAGCCACUGAACAGUUCACUUGCACAGAAUAAUGCUGCCACCACCUCCGUGACGGUGUGUAAUGUGCAUUGUUAGUUUCCUCCGUACACAGCCGAAAAACAAAUGUUGUCUUCAUCCAAUCAGAGCAUCUUCCACGUGUUUGCUGUGUCUCAUACUUCCCUUGUUACAAACCGCUUUCUUUCAGCAAUCGCUUCCAUAAAAACCGGAGCUCUGAAGUGUAAAACGACUGAUUAUCUCGUCAACAGGUUCUCCUGUCUGAGCUGGCUGCUCCUCUGAUUGACUGUCAGGUUAGGUGGACAGCUUUGUCGGGGUUAGUUUGCAGCUGCGCCGCUCUUUCCUUACUUUCACAUGACGGACUGAUCAGAACUCAGUGAGACGUUCAACCUAACCCUUCUUUUCCAUUUCUCACACUGAGAACACGUUUCCUUCCACUUCACAAUUAUGCACAACUUUGUUUUGGUAUAUAUUAUUACGUAAAAAUUUUCAUGGAUGUUGAAUUUUUAGGUCUGAAUGAGACAAAAUGUGAAAACGUUUUGCAAGGCGCUGUAAACGUUGAGGGGUUCUCCAGUAAUGUGAAGUUUUUUCGCGGCUUGUUUCAGUUUCCCGUCAUUCCGCAAACCCCCAGAUCUGUGUAAUUAGAAACAAAAAAAUGACUGAUCAGAUAAUCUCACCGUUCUCAGAAGGUACGCGCACACGUUUGUGAAUUUUUGAAAAGCGUGCUGAAAACGUUGCGGUGGGAACGUUUCCCAAAAUUAAAAUCCGCCUCAGUUGGAUUCUUUUCAUGGACUUUGUUGACAGUGAGAAACUCCUGCUCAUCACCAGACUCGCCCUCCAAAGAGCCAGUUAGCAGCUGAAUGUACUAGAUAACCCUCUUCUAACCGAGACGUAAUUGUACUAGCAGCCUCUGUUUUUUUUUUGCCAGUCGACCAGUUCCUGCAGACAUCGACGCGGGCUGAGUGUGCUGACGUGUUUCGCUCUGCACUGUACAGGAGCAGCUUUUCGUCUAGACUGUCGAGGACAGACUCGAUGUAGCACAGCCAUGGUGUCUAAGUGCUUUAAAUUACACUGUUCAGUGUUUGUGCCAAGUUUAUAUGAAUAUGUGACUAUUUUUCAACCACUUAUACUUUUACGACAGCUGCUUCGAUAGGAGAAAAUACGUUUAAUUAGAUGCGUUUUGCCCACAUGAGUCUUUUCCCUCCUGUGAGCCACUUGCUGUUCUCUGACGGAGUGAUUAUUAGACUAUGUGCAAUAAAAGAUGUUCAUUGUAAAGCUGU